UUUCCAUCCAUCCUUUGACUUCUUUUUUUAUAACACGAUAGUAAUGGAUAUCCAGCUUACCCAGGGCGCGCUUGAGCGUCUGUCUCAGUCGCCGAACUCGUCACCGAUUCCCAGCACAAACGGCGGAGGCGCCGCAACGCGCUACCGCAGCUUCCUCUCCGAUGGCCAGCACUCGACAGUGGCGAUUCUCACUGGCCGGCUGACGCAGCUGAUUGAGAGCAACACUAUUGCACGCCACACGGUGCUCAGCAUCACUCGCGGCAGCGCCAGCAUGAAGGAGGGCCGCCCCGGCGAUAAGCCGCUUCUGGUGCUGAUCAUCCUUGAUGCCGAGGUUAUUGCCACCCUCGACGACCGUAUCGGCGACCCAGUGAAGAUUGGGCCCGAGGGCCACGAGGAGAAGCCGGAUGCUUCGCGUGCUGCAGCACAGCAGCCACAGCAGUACAAGCCCGCUCCCCCAACGAACUCGAACGCGUCGUCAUUCCUGAGCCGCGUCGAUAGCAACCGGCCGAACGUCGGCAUGCCGACGAUGUCUACGCUGAGCGGUGCACCAGGUGCGGUGGCGCCCAUCGCGAGCCUGAACCCGUACAACAACAAAUGGGUGAUUCGUGCGCGUGUGUCGCAAAAGUCGAACAUCAAGGAGUGGCACAAGGAGUCCGGGUCAGGCAAGCUGUUCAGCGUGAACCUCAUUGACGAGAGCGGCGAGAUCCGGGCCACGAUCUUCACGCGCAAUGUCGACAAAUUUUUUCCUCUGCUGGAGGUCGGCAAGGUGUACUACAUCACGCAGGCGCGUGUCUCGGUGGCGCGCCAGCAGUUCUCCAACGUCAACAACGACUACGAGCUGGUGUUUGAGGACUCGACCGAAGUCAUGCUGUGUACGGAUGCCGGCAGCGCGCUGCCGCAGGUGCACUACGAGUUUGUGAACCUGUCUGAUCUGGGCAGGUACCAGAAGAACCACCUCACUGAUAUUCUGUGCGUGGUGCGCCAGUCCUCCGAUCCGGUUGACUUUGUGUCGCAGCGCACGCAGAAGAGUAUGACCAAGCGCGAUCUGAUGGUUGUCGACAGGUCCGGCUUCGAGGUGCGUCUGACGCUGUGGGGCGACCAGGCCAUGCACCCGUUGUCGCCUUCAAAGGGUCUCCGUCUGGGCGACUAUGGCGGCCGCACCCUGUCGCUGCCCAGCAUGGGCUCCUACACGGUCAACCCGGAUAUCCCCGAGGCGCAUGCGCUGCGCGGGUGGUACGAUCAGGAAGGCCGCCAGACCACCUUCCAGUCGUACAGCGCCGGGGCAGCCUCCAGCGGCGACACUGUGCAGCGGUUUGAGUCCCAGCUCAAGACGAUGGAGCAGGUGCGCGAGGAUACGGCGGGCCUGGGCGACGAGCAAAAGUACUAUAACCUGAAGGGCACUGUUGUGUUUGUGCGCAACACGACCAUCGCGUACCCGGCGUGCUCGACCCCCGGCUGCAACAAGAAGGUUAUCGAGGACCCGUCAACUGGGCAGUGGCGCUGCGAGAAGUGCCAGAAGUCGUUCCCGGCGCCCAACCACCGCUUCAUCUUCUCCAUCAAUGUCAGCGACGAGACCGGCCAGAACUGGCUGCAGUGCUUCAACGACAUCGGCGAGCAGCUGCUGGGCUGCACUGCCAACGACAUGAUGCAGUGGCAGGAGAUGGGCGACCCGAUGUUCCAGAAGAAGAUCGACGAAGCCACGUUCAAGGAGUUCACGUUCCGCUGCCGCGCCAAGAACGAGACCUUCAAUGACAACACGCGUGUGCGCUUCACCGUAAUGAGCAUGAGCCCCGUUGACUAUGUUUCCGAGACCAAGCGUCUUGCCCGUCUCGUCGAGUCGUAUGCCGCCUAG